AUGUCUAGCUCCGACACCCGCUCAGACUCUGCCUCCCCCAGUAAGGAUAAGUCUCUGCUAGCACAGGUGGAGUCCUACAUCAAGAGGCUAAUGAAGGGAAUUCCCGUAAUUUUACGUGUCGAACACGAUGACGGCGACUCGAACGACGAGCCCGUGACGAAGUCUGCUAUCUGCACUGGGAUCCUCAACCGUAACCUCGAGUCUGUCAAGUUUACCCCGUUGAAGGACGAGGAGUCAACGGAUGCCAGCAAGGAUCCUGGUAUCGUGAUUGAGCUGGAGGACGUCGAAAAGGUCGUCUGUCUCAACGAGAACCAUCCUUCGGUCGUCUUAGUCAUUCCUAAAUACGAUCGAUAUGUCGAGAUCGUUAGCAGCGGCGUGGAAGAUUUCAAAGCAUGGUAUGCAACUCUGCAUAUGCUCUGUCCAGGAGAGACUGAAGAUGACUCGUCCAUCACAGAUGAUAGUCAAGAUGCUUCAUCUGACAAUUAUGACGCCUCCUCUCCUGAGCUGUCAGCCAAAGCACGCAGAGCUAUGAUGGAGGUUCUCCUGUCGGUCAGCCCCGCGUCUGAGGACUCGCCUUCUCGUGGCUCGGAAGAACACCAGGUUGCGCAGGUUAAUGCUCUGAAGCAGAUCAUCUCUAGCCAAGGAAGGCUAAUCGAUGCUCUUCGGCGUGACAGGGAUCGCAUGCAGAUUCUAGAGAUGCAAAAUCGGGAUCUCGUUCGUGUCCUGAAAGAGCGUGAGAUCAGCUUGGAUGAACUAAUGGGAGUCUGCCAGCGCCUGAUGGACCAGCAAGGGAAGUGGGUGAACAUCCACCUUGUACGGAACACGGCCGUGCUGAAGCCGUCUAAGCCUGCUUCGGCCAGCCGAGAUCCUUUCGCACUGCCUGCAGUGCCUCAUGUAUCGGAGUCUGAGAAGAACGAAUAUAAGGUUGGUACUACAUGUCGGUGA